AUGAUCAAUAUCAUCCCCCGAAUUGUGGCUCGUGAUAACAAUAACAACAACAACAACAACAACAAUGAUGGUCUUUCCGGUCCUAUGGUCGAUCUGCUGAUCGCCUUGCUGGUGCUCAUCUUGAUCGCGCUCGCUUUGGUUGGUGGACUUCUUCUCAUCCGUCGCAAGCGUCAAGCCCAGAAACAGUCUAUUCUCCCUGUUCACAACGGCCAGAGCCCCUCGCAUCAACGACGCUUAACCAUUACCACCAACAAGUCCGACUCCGUUCUCGUGUAUGAUGAAAAGCGAAGCUUGAUGCAGAACUCCGACAGCCCCCCACCCAGUCCGGUACCCGAGAUUCGCAUUACUUUCCCUGAAGAGGAGGAUGCGUCUGGCAAGCGCCAAUCCGGCCGCAUGGUCGUGGUACGCAUCAGCGAUGCUGGCAGUAUCGGUCUUGAACCGUGUCAUGAGGACCUGCCUCCGUACCAGACCACUGACACUGGUCGCUUCCAGUCCCUCGAUCUUGAGCGGAUGGGUGGAUUAAAGGAGAAGGGAGAACAUUACUCCUAA